AUGAAUCGCCACUCCAAGGAUGCUUUAGUGCUUUAUGGUUCACAAGUUGGUAUUUCAAACUCCCUUCAACUCGUGAAGGGCCUCUCAUGGUCUUUCUACGAGAAGACCUGCCCAGAGGCUGAGUCCAUCAUCAGAGAACAUCUCAAGCAGGUGUUUCAGGAGGACAUUGGCCAAGCUGCUGGGCUAUUACGUCUCCAUUUCCACGACUGUUUCGUUCAGGGAUGCGAUGCUUCGGUGUUGCUGGAUGGAUCAGCAAGCGAACCGAGCGAGCAGGACGCCCCACCGAAUCGGAGCUUGAGACGCGCAGCGCUCCAAAUCAUCGAUGACCUCCGCGGCCUCGUGGAGAAGAAGUGUGGUCGGGUAGUGUCGUGUGCUGAUAUCGCCGCCGUCGCCGCUCGUGAUUCCAUUUUCCUGUCGGGCGGACCUGAGUAUGACGUGCCAUUGGGAAGGCGGGACGGACUCACUUCUGCGUCUAUAAACGAGACCAAAGAUAAUUUACCUUCACCAGCUCAUAGGGCCAGCCAAAUUCUCGCUGCCCUAGCCAAGAAAAGCUUCGACGCCACCGAUGUAGUGGCACUCUCUGGAGCCCACACCAUCGGGCUCGGGCACUGCGGCGCCUUCACCGACCGGCUCUACCCGACCCCAGACCCCACCAUGGAGAAAAGCUUCGCCCGUGAUCUCAAGGGCGUGUGCCCCACUACAAACUCCACGAACACCACAGUCCUGGACAUCCGAUCACCCAACCGAUUCGACAACAGGUACUUUGUCGAUUUGGUGAACCGCCAAGGCCUGUUCACGUCGGACCAAGAUCUGUAUGAGGACCCGACAACGAGGGACAUCGUUACUAGCUUCGCCGAGGACCUGGAGUUGUUCUUCGAGAGGUUUGUCCUCGCUAUGACCAAGAUGGGGCAGCUUGGCGUGUUGACUGGGACGAAGGGAGAAAUCCGAGCCCGCUGCUCGGUCAGGAAUUCCUAG